GUUCCUCUCUCUCCCUCGUCGCAACCAUGCCACACUCCACUCUCAUCCCCGUCCUCACUCUGCCACAUCCCGUCGUGCUCCUGCCCACUGCACGAAUACAGCUGCCGCUUGACGAGGCCACAGGCACGCGACUCAUUGAGCUCGUCCAACGCUCCGACGUGCAACCUGUCGUCGGCACAGUUCCUUGCACUUCGUCGUCCACCAUUCACUCCUGGGGCACCGCAGCUCGCGUUGUGCGCAUCGUCAGGCCAAUCUCUCAGUCGUCCAAGCGGCUGUACCAUGUUACUCUUCACGGCCUUUCACGGAUACACUUCCCGGACACCAAGUCCCAAGCUCCGUUCAGUCCCAAUGAGCUCAUUGAGCUCAAGGCCGAGUACCCCAAGGCCGAUGGCCCGUCAUCACAGGAGAUCAUCAUGCCCUUCCGUGCAGCAGCCUCCAAGCUCCUCGAGAGCUUGGCCCAGGAUGCGACCCAGCAGUCCCGGAGGGACGUGUACGUCAAGAUAUCUCAUAUGAUCGAGGAGGUCUCCGAUGAUCGUGCACCAUGGAUGGCAGACGUCAUUAUUGCCAGUAUCAACAAACUAGAGUACGAGGACAAGCUCGACUACUUGUCUGCCGCCGGAUCAGACCAACGCCUCCGACGCGCGACAGAGCUCUUCGUGAAGCAGGCUUCCAUUUCAGAAGUCACGAAGAAGAUAGCGCAGUCCAUCGACGAGUCCCUCUCGAAGCAGCAGAAGGAAUUCUUCCUCCGCCAGCAGCUCGCAGCCAUCCAGCGCGAGCUCAACAACCUCAACCGCUCUUCGUCUGGCGGAACAGGCUCUGAAGCCCCCAACGGUUCCCGGUCCGGCUCUGAACUGGACGACAACGAGCAGUCAGAGGCCGAAGACAUGGCCGAAAUUCGGAACAAGAUCGAGGCUAUGGCGAAGGAUAGUGAGGAGCGCAAGAUGGCCGUGAGGGAAUGGAAGAGGCUUCAACGCAUACCGUCUGGCAGCGUCGAGCAUGGCGUCAUCCGAAACUACCUCGAAUGGCUGACCUCGAUCCCCUGGCCUUCAUCUGCAGCCUAUGCGAAUAUAACGUCCUCUGACAAGCUCAAAGACCGUGCCUUCCUCACCAACGCCCGCAAGCAGCUCGAUGAGGACCACUACGGGCUCGAGAAGAUCAAGAAGCGGCUUAUCGAGUACCUCGCCGUCGUCCGCCUCAAGCAGCUUCAGGCCGAACGCGAGCACAACCUGCCCGCCCUAACAUCCACCAGCCGAACAUCCUCGUCGAAUGGCGGAGGCGAUAGCGGGAACGCGACAUCCGCAGUUCCCCGCCGAUCAGAAGGUGACGCGACCUCGCGCGCAUUGGCGCUAAUAUCGAAGGCGCUGAACUUUGGGCAAUGUGAUUCUGCAGAGGCAAAGGCUCAGGUGACGGACGCGUCGGUGAAGCCGGACGCUCCUGCGCACGCACCACCCCAGCCCUCGGGCUCGGGCCCGGGUGAGGCGCCGCGGAGGGGUCUUAGCUCGAAGGCCGUGAAAGGACCCAUCCUCCUGUUCGUCGGCCCGCCGGGGACGGGGAAGACCUCUCUCGGACAGUCGAUCGCACGAGCGCUCGAUAGACCGUUCCAGCGCAUCUCGCUGGGCGGUGUGCGAGACGAGGCGGAAAUCCGCGGUCACAGGCGGACAUACGUCGCGAGCGGCCCUGGGUCUAUUGUCCAGGCGCUCAGGAAAGCCGGCCGGCCAGAUCCUGUCAUCCUCUUGGACGAGGUGGACAAGAUUGGUCAGGGCAACUUCCAUGGCGAUCCUGCGGCGGCGUUGCUCGAGGUCCUGGACCCGGAACAGAAUCAUUCGUUUAACGAUCAUUACAUCAAUGUCCCUAUUGACCUGAGCCAAGUGCUUUUCAUCUGCACAUCAAACUCGCUCGACACGAUCUCCGCGCCGCUGCUCGACCGUUGCGAGAUCGUCCAGCUGUCAGGCUACACCUACAACGAGAAGAUGCACAUUGCCCGCAAGUUCCUCCUGCCCAAGCAACUUCGUGCCAAUGGCCUCACCCCCGAGCACGUCGCGCUCACCCAGCCCGCGCUGCUACACAUCGCGACGCACUACACGCGUGAGGCUGGUGUGCGGUCACUUGAGCGCGCCAUCGGCGCUGUCGUCCGCCAUAAGGCCGUCGAGUGGGCGGAGUACUCGGAUAGCGCGGGCAUCCAUGACAUCGCGCAGCUCCCGCCGAUUGAGGUGCAGCUGAGCGAGGCGGAGAGGGCGAACACGAAGGGGCGGACGUACAGGAAGGUCGUGGAGGAGCACGAGCUGGAGAAGAUCCUCGGCAUCGCGAGAUGGGAUGAGGAGGAGAUGCAUAGGGAGGAGAGGAGAGGACUUGUGUAUGGGUUGGUCGUGACCGGCAUGGGCGAGGGCGGGCUGCUGCCCAUCGAGACGUCGGCCGUGCCGGGCAGCGGGAAUUUGAAGUUGACCGGCAGCCUGGGAGACGUCAUUAAAGAGAGCGGCGAGCUCGCGCUGAGCUGGGUCAAGAGUCAUGCUUACGACUUGUACAUCACGAAGCUGCGAUCGCAAGACCCGCUUAAGCACCCGGACCCGAUCGACAUUCACCUCCACUUGCCGUCGGGCGCCGUCAAGAAGGAUGGUCCUUCGGCCGGCAUCGCCAUGACCUGCGCCUUCGUCUCGCUCCUGACGGGAGCCUGUGUGCCCAGCAACGUCGCCAUGACCGGCGAGGUGACCCUCCGCGGACGCGUCGGCCCAGUUGGUGGCAUCAAGGAGAAGGUCCUCGGGGCGCACCGUGCACAAGUAAACAAAGUCAUCCUCCCAUGGGCGAAUCGCAAGGACGUCGAGCACGACGUGCCGCUCGAGGUGCGGGCGGACAUCCAGUUCGUGUUCGUGCGCACGAUGGAAGAGGUGCUCGAGGCUGCCUUUGGCAAGGGCGUCCUCAACUGGAGGCGCAGUAUGGUCGUCAUGGAGAGCAGACUCUAAGAAGUCUUACAGGCUCCUUCGGGAGACUGGAUGAGACAUCUGAUUGGAUUAAGAUUAAGAUCGUAGGCGUAUCUGUUGACCGCACUAGGAUCAGGGACUUUGACUUUCUUGAGAGUGUUUGAAGCGGAUAUGAAUUAGUGGAGGCACUGUGGCUCAGGGUCAGCACAUAGUACUGACCUUUCCAUAAUAUAUAUUCAUCAUACGGCACCGGCCGGUCAAUUCCCUCCUUAAGUUCUAGUUUAGUUCGAUGGUUGUCUAUUAUCG